AUGCCCAAAUUUACAAAAAAGAAAUUAAUUCCGGAAAUAUUGCUCAAAACUAUUUGCUGCAGCUGUGAAACUGGAUGUUUAAAAUGUGGCUGCCGAAAACAUGGUUUAAAACGCACAAAUGUAUGCUCAAAUUGUCAUGGUUCUGAAAAAUGCUCCAAUGUGGAAGAAAACCCCUACGAGGAAGUUAAUGAUUCAGAUGAAAUUGUGGAUGAAGAAUCAAUGCAUACUGGAAAUAAUAUUGGAGAUGAAGACGGUGAUGGUCUUGAAGAUUUCGAAGAUCUACUAGAAUCAGGAAGGUUUGUCGAAUCUAACGAUGAAGAAAUGCUAUCAGAGAGACAAAAACUAAGGGAUAAGUGA